AUGCUCCUAUCACCACAGCCAGCAGAAUCAAUAGAACCGCCGCGAUUCCUAUCGCCCAUUUUACAGUCUUCGACCCACGGGGUAAUCCGGCUUUCUUCGCAACAACUGAUGAAGCUGCCGAUUUCGGCGUACGCUUACGCUUUGGCGCAACUUUUGGUCUGGGCCUCCUAUUGCGUGUAUUUCUAUAAGGGUUGGAUUUUGUUUUUCGUGGCUUCAUUCUACAGGGCUCUCUAUUUCCUGGGUGCGCCAACGCUAUACUGA